AAAUUUUCAUAAAGACAACAUUAAUUUCCGAAAGAUGAAAUCAUUGCAUGGGUUUUUCAAGCCAUUCAAUUUUCAGGUAUUCAAACGCAGCCUGCGCAUCUAUACGUCAAGCAUUCAACCAUCAUCAAGAAGUAAAGUGGGCUUCGUCACUCUCAUCCUCUUCCUAUAUAAACCCCCCUUUUCCAUUUUGGCUGCCAUUAUUGGUGAUGUCCUCUAGGCUCUAGGAUACUUCCUUGAAGCUGUAAGAUCUGGUCCGAAUCCAUCUCAUGUUGGUACCCUUUUCGCGCUGAUCGUUGAUUCUCUCCAUUUUCUCUCAUUUUCCUUCAUUUUCCCGCUUUUUUUCUUUCCCGUCACCAUCCUCGAGGAAAUCGUCCGGAACAUUGUUUUGUAGUCCGCUCUGCAUCUUCUUGCCACCGCCCUCUGUCCCAGUUCGGGUUUCCAUAGAUUCAGUGUCGUCGUUCUUCGUAUGAGAUAUAUUUGAAUUCACUUGAAUCUGCUCUGUUCUUCGAUAUGGCCGAUAAAUCGCAGAAAUGGGUGUUGACGGUGACGGCCCAGACGCCGACCAAUAUUGCCGUGAUCAAAUACUGGGGCAAGAGAGAUGAAACCUUGAUUUUGCCUGUAAAUGACAGUAUCAGUGUUACGCUGGAUCCGAAUCAUCUGUGCACGACCACCACCGUGGCCGUCAGUCCUAGCUUUGAGAAAGAUCGGAUGUGGCUCAAUGGCAAGGAAAUUUCUCUCUCCGGCGGUAGGUAUCAGAAUUGUUUGAGGGAAAUUAGGAGUCGAGCUAGCGAUGUUGAGGAUGAGGAAAAGGGUAUUAAGAUCGUGAGAAAGGAUUGGGAGAAAUUGCAUGUACAUAUUGCUUCCUAUAACAAUUUUCCAACUGCUGCUGGGUUGGCUUCUUCUGCUGCUGGGUUUGCUUGUCUUGUUUUUGCUCUUGGAAAGUUGAUGAACUUGAAGGAAGAUCAGGGGAAACUUUCUGCUAUUGCAAGGCAAGGUUCUGGCAGUGCUUGUCGCAGUUUAUUUGGUGGCUUUGUCAAGUGGAUCAUGGGAAAUGAUGAGAAUGGAAGUGAUAGCAUUGCUGUUCAGCUUGUAGAUGAGAAGCACUGGGAUGAUCUUGUUAUUGUUAUUGCUGUGGUAAGCUCGAGGCAGAAGGAAACUAGUAGUACUACAGGAAUGCGUGAAAGUGUUAAAACAAGUUUGCUUUUACAGCAUAGAGCUAAGGAAGUAGUUCCAAAACGCAUACUUCAAAUGGAAGAAGCCAUCAGAAACCGUGAUUUUCCAUCUUUUGCACAGCUGACUUGUGCUGACAGUAACCAGUUUCAUGCAGUCUGCCUGGAUUCUUCUCCCCCUAUAUUCUACAUGAAUGAUACAUCCAACAGGAUAAUCAGCUAUGUUGAGAAGUGGAAUCGUUCUGAAGAAACACCUCAGGUAGCGUAUACUUUUGAUGCUGGGCCAAAUGCAGUUCUAAUUGCACGUAACAGGAAGGUUGCUGCAGCUUUGCUUCAAAGGCUGCUCUUCUACUUCCCUCCACAUGAGGAUACUGAUUUGAACAGUUAUGUUAUUGGUGAUAAAUCGAUACUACAAGAUGCUGGGCUUAAGGGGAUGAAGGAUGUGGAAGCUUUGCCGCCACCUCCAGAAAUCAAGGAUAACGAUCCAGCCCGGAAGUACAAAGGUGAUGUUAGUUAUUUCAUCUGCACAAAGCCAGGGAGAGGGCCUGUUUUGCUUUCUGAUAAAAGUCAGGCUCUCCUUGAUCCUGAAACGGGGCUGCCCAAGUAACCUAAGAGGGCAAUUUUUCCUGCAUCUGUUCGCUUUUUGGGUUACCCUAUAUUUCCCCUUGGUGAGAAGUAACCCUCUUAGAUGUCUUUUCUGGUGUGCUAGAUGUCUUGCAAAUUUUGUGUUGUUUUUGUCAUGUAUUUGUAAUUUUUUUUUCUUGGGUAGUUCUAUCCAAAUAAUGUCCGUUCUGUUGUUGACAUGAUAGUGAAUAAUUUGUUUUUGCUCAAGUAAUUAUAGCUUUUUCGAACUUCCAAAA